CUGUUCAAUCACCAAAAGCAUCAUCAAAGAUUCAAGUCUUCCCCACAAAAGACUACACUUUUUCUCAACUUUUCCUUUCUCUUUUGUCACUUAUUUUAUUGAGCCGCUGUGUAAAAUCCAAGAAGGACAAGCGAAGAGAUCUGAGUAUGUCCAUGGGCAAGAAAAAUCGUAAAUCCAAAACCAAAAGCAAGCGGAGAAAACCCAAGUUUUUAAGUCUUAGUCUUCAGCUUUCUGAUAAAAAAUUUCAACCGUCAGAUCAUGUGCCGGUAACGUCCACCGCUAGCACUCAUGAUCAUCAGAAUUCUCAACAGCUCAAUCUCUUUCCUCUGCACCCAGAAAAUUUAGUCGAUGACAAAGACAGUUGCCACGAUGAGAACGUGGCCCUGUUUUUCUCCGGCGCUGAAAACAGCGCCACUACUCUUACCGAACUUCUCACUUCUUCUAAGGAUGAAAUUGAUAGCAACCAAAGUGGUCCAAAUUACAUGACGGUUUCAUCAUCGGAAGAAAGACUAAAGUAUGCCGACACUUACAGGGGAAAGCAAGGUGAGCUAGUACGGACAGCUCUGAGGAACAAAGAGAGGGAAAACAAGGAAGAAGAGAAGUGGGUUGUUUACUCCGACGUUGUUGAUCUUGACCAACAUAGUGAGACAACGAGGAAGGAGGAGGAAGUAAGCAGUUGUUCAAUUGAUCGUCCGAGGAAGAGAAAUCAACAGCAGCAGUUGUCACUAAAGCUUGAUUAUGAGGAAAUAUUGAAUGCUUGGUCAGAUAAGGGUUCGCUUUACCUUCAGGCAGAAUCGUCGCAGAUCGUUCCUGAUAUCAAUGGCGAUUUUCUCAAUUACGAAACGUCAUUUUCAUCCCACGGGCUAAUGGGUGGGUGGGAUAGCAGUACAGUUCUAUAUAGAGUGCCAGAAUUUAUGGCAAGUGAACAAAGUGGAGGCAGAACCACAGAAAGUUUACAAGAGGAUGAGUUGAAGGUAGGACGAAGAGAAGCCAGUGUAUUAAGGUACAAAGAAAAGAGACAGAACAGACUCUUCUCUAAAAAAAUUCGUUAUCAAGUUCGGAAGCUCAACGCUGAAAAGCGCCCUCGCGUUAAGGGAAGAUUUGUUAAGAGGGAUUGAAGCGUGUUUUGCCUGAUUGUGGAGUUAAUAUGUUAUGAAUGGAAAACGGGAUGAUUUGUAGUCUGGAUAUUGUAAAUGAACUCUUAAAAAGAGAAGCAUGCCCAAAAGCAACUCUUAUCAAUCAAUGAAUAAAAUUGUAAUUCGGGGCAUAUAAAUGAGCAAAUGCAGAUAUGUAAGUUCAUUUUGUUCAGAUAUUAAUUACUGUUAACUUU